AUGGAUGAAGCUGGCUGUGUCUAUGAGUGGGUGGAUCAAACCAAGAAUAUCCACCAGCACUGCCAGUACCCACACGUGGCCACCAGCACCGCCAGUACCAACACGUGGCCACCAGCACCGCCAGUACCCACACGUGGCCACGUGGCGUUUGGCUUUGAGUAUGGUUGCAUUGAAAGGCAAAGAAGGGUGUGGCCACACAAAUUCACCCGCCAUGGCUCGCUCUCGCUGUCCGAGGACGAUAAGAGCGAAGGUGGCGUCCAUAAGAUAAGUAGGGUGUCCCACGGGAGGCGCCAGGCAGUAGGCAGACUGCAGCGUCUGUGUGCUGACUCAGAGAUAAGGGAUGUCGCAGAGCACCACUCCACUAUCUACAUGUCUACACGUCUACAUGUCUACAUGUGUCGUACAUGUUACCGCGAUCGCGAGAGAACGCCCCAGACUAGUCACAUCGAGAGAACGCCCCAAACUAAUCCCAUCGAGAGAACGCCCCAGACUAAUCCCAUUGAGAGAACGCCCCAGACUAAUCACAUCGAGAGAACGCCCCAGACUAAUCACAUCGAGAGAACGCUCAAGACUACUGACAUCACUAAUCACAUCGAGAGAACGCCCAAGACUACUCACAUCGAGAGAACGCCCCAGACUAAUCCCAUCGAGAGAACGCCCCAGACUAAUCCCAUUGAGAGAACGCCCCAGACUAAUCCCAUCGAGAGAACGCCCCAGACUAAUCCCAUCGAGAGAACGCCCCAGACUAAUCACAUCGAGAUAACGCCACUAAUCACAUUGAGAGAACGCCCCGAGACUAAUCCCAUCGAGAGAACGCCCCAGACUAAUCCCAUCGAGAGAACGCCCCAGACUAAUCCCAUCGAGAGAACGCCCCAGACUAAUCACAUCGAGAAAACGCUCCAGACUAAUCACAUCGAGAAAACGCCCCAGACUAAUUACAUCGAGAGAACGUCCCAGACUAAUCCCAUCGACAGAACGCCCCAGACUAAUCACAUCGAGAGGACGCCCCAGACUAAUCACAUCGAGAGAACGCCCCAGACUAAUCCCAUUGAGAGAACGUCCCAGACUAAUCCCAUCGAGAGAACGCCCCAGACUAAUCACAUCGGUAGCAAUUUAGCAGACCUUAACUUCCGUCCACAUGGCAGCAGACUGCAGCGUCUGUGUGCUGACUCAGAGAUAAGGGAUGUCGCAGAGCACCACUCCACUAUCUACAUGUCUACACGUCUACAUGUCUACAUGUGUCGUACAUGUACAACUAAUCCCAUCGAGAGAACGCCCCAGACUAAUCCCAUUGAGAGAACGCCCCAAACUAAUCCCAUCGAGAGAACGCCCCAGACUAAUCCCAUCGAGAGAACGCCCGAGACUAAUCACAUCGAGGGAACGCCCCAGACUAAUCACAUCGAGAGAACGCCCAAGACUACUCACAUCGAGAGAACGCCCCAGACUAAUCCCAUCGAGAGAACGCCCCAGACUAAUCCCAUUGAGAGAACGCCCCAGACUAAUCCCAUCGAGAGAACGCCCCAGACUAAUCCCAUCGAGAGAACGCCCCAGACUAAUCACAUCGAGAUAACGCCACUAAUCACAUUGAGAGAACGCUCCGAGACUAAUCCCAUCGAGGGAACGCCCCAGACUAAUCCCAUCGAGAGAACGCCCCAGACUAAUCCCAUCGAGAGAACGCCCCAGACUAAUCACAUCGAGAAAACGCUCCAGACUAAUCACAUCGAGAAAACGCCCCAGACUAAUUACAUCGAGAGAACGUCCCAGACUAAUCCCAUCGACAGAACGCCCCAGACUAAUCACAUCGAGAGGACGCCCCAGACUAAUCACAUCGAGAGAACGCCCCAGACUAAUCCCAUUGAGAGAACGUCCCAGACUAAUCCCAUCGAGAGAACGCCCCAGACUAAUCACAUCGAGAGAACGCUCCAGACUAAUGACAUCGAGAGAACGCCUCAGACUAAUCCCAUCGAGAGAACGUCCCAGACUAAUCACAUCGAGAGGUCUCCUCAGACUAAUCCCAUCGAGAGAACGUCCCAGACUAAUCCGAUCGAGAGAACGCCCCAGACUAAUCACAUCGAGAGAACGCCCCAGACUAAUCACAUCGAGAGAACGCCCCAGACUAAUCCCAUCGAGAGAACGUCCCAGACUAAUCCCAUCGUGGCCACACCAAAACCUUGCAUUAUUCUGAACUUGACAUAA